GACGUUUCUAGAUUCCCAAAACAUGUUGACACCCGGUUCACCUACAUGACAGAGACGCGCUUAAUCUGCGUUGUCUAGCAGUCUAACCAACAAGAGUUACAGAUCAUCAAGUAAACAUGGAUUACAGGUAGACCAAUCACAGGCUUUCCUUGAGCACCUAUGAUGUCAUCAGCCUGUAAUACGGUAGCAUCUGCAGGUGGAGGAGGAAGUGUUGUCAUGGAGACGUCCAACUUCGCCCAUGUCAUCUUCCAGAAUGUUGGGAAAAGCUUCCUCCCGCAGGCAGCGCUUGAAUGUCAUUACACUCUCACCUCUUUCAUCACCCCACAUCCCAAAGACUGGGUUGGCAUCUUUAAGGUGGGCUGGAGCAGUGCAAGAGACUACUACACAUUCCUCUGGUCUCCCAUGCCUGAAAACUACAUUGAGGGAUCCACGGUUCACCGAACCAUCAUCUUUCAGGGUUACUAUGUUCCCCGUAGUGAUGGUGAGUUUUAUCAGUUCUGCUACGUCACACAUACGGGUGAAAUCAGAGGUGCGAGUACGCCAUUCCAGUUCCGCCCAGCUACACCCACAGGGGAGGAGCUACUGACAGUGGAAGAUGAGGGGAACUCAGACAUACUGGUUGUGACAACAAAGACCGGACUACUUGAGCAGCGUGUAGAGGAAGUUCAGCAGGAAUGCAAAGAGCUUCAGAAAGCACUACGCCUCCUCACACAGGAGAGAGAUCAGCUACAAGAGAGGCAGAGACAACAGAACCAGGAGCUGCAGAAAGGCCUGCAUGAGGAGAAGGAGGAGGCUCAAGCCAGAGUGAGACAGCUUGAGCAGGACCUGCUAGAAAUCACGCAAAAAGCUGUUCUUAAAGAGACCGAACUGGACUGUUUAAGAGACAGGCUGCAGAAGGUGAUUUCUGAGAGGGACAGUCUACAAGCUCAACUGAAGAAUGAGAGAGACGAGAGGGAGCUUUAUAAAUCUCAUGUGCGCAGCGCCGAGCUGGAAAACACUAAACUCAGUGCAGAGCUGCAGAUGCUGAAAGCGGUGGAGCUGAACAGAGAGGUCACCAUCGCACAGUACCAGGAAGAACUACACAGACUACGCUCAGAAAGAGACACACACCCCACUGAUGCUGGUCUCAAAGAGCAGUUGCGUCAAGCUGAGGAGCAGCUCCAGGCCACACGGCAGCAGGCGGCCAUGUUGGGUUCUGAGCUACGUGACGCCUCCGGCGGGCGAGAUCGCACCAUUGCUGAGCUCUACCGUGCCCGUCAGGAGGCUGAAGACCUACGAGCCCGUUUAGCUGAAGCCCAGGAAGAAUGCAGACAUGCUCAGAAUCAACUGGACAGGAUGAGAAGCCAGGGAUCGCAGGAAGUGGGCAGGGCUGGAGUGGGUGUGGUGUCAGAUCUGGAGGCGGAGUUACAAAAGGAGGUUGAGGAACUAAAGCUGCGUCUGAAUAUGGCUGCAGAGCAUUACAAAGAGAAAUACAGAGAGUGCCAACGUUUGCGAAGACAAGUCACCAAACUAACUCAGCAACAGGAGACGCAGCUGGGGGACUCUAACAGGAAUGAUGCCUCUACAGAGACCACACAGGAGUUACAUACUCCAGAUGCAAAGACGCCUCCCACAGAUCAACAUCCUGCUGAGAUCAAACCUGGAGUGCAAAAAGAUGCGGAGAGAUCGAGGGAUGAAAGUAGACCUGGACAGGAGGAGAAGGAAGAGGAAGAGGAGGAAGAUGAUGACGAAGAUGAGGAGGAGGAGGAGGAGGAAGAUUGCAGCGUGUCAGUAGAAGCUGAGCUUGCCUGCAUGGAGGAGAAAUGGAGAGAGCAGUGCACCAUCAAUGAAAAUCUGAAGCUCCUGCUAGCCAAUGAGGAGAAGCAGUUUAAAACUCAGGUGGCAGAGAAGGACAGAGAGGUGUCCGCUCUGAGGGAGAGUCUUGUGGUGGUGACCAGGGAGAAGGAGAGACUGGAAAAGGAGUUGCGGCAGUGUAUGAACAGAGGGGAGACAGCAGCUUUAAAGGUCAGAGAGCCAGUCGUGCUGCGUUACCCACUGCCGUAUCCCCAAGACCCGCCUCCACUUCCACUGGUACCCCAACAGCCUGCUGAACUGCAGUACGGAAACCCCUAUUCAGAGCAAGAGACCCGGGAUGGAGCAGAUGGGGCAUUAUCCCCAGAACAAACCUGCCGGCCCCCUCCCUUGGCUCCACCACCGUGGGGCGGUCCUGUGGUCUGCAGUCAGCCAUCACGCAGUCUCAGCCCCCCUGAUGGUCUGGAGAAUCCCCCUGAAGAGCGGCCUAAUGGAGGUGAUGGUGAGGCCCCUGCAGUCUGUGAUCAUCAGAGCCUGGAAUCUAAUGAGAGCCACACAAGCUUCUGCUUUGACACCAGACCUGACGUUCAUAAGCGGUGUCCCCUUUGUGAGGUGAUCUUCCCACCACACUUUGAGCAAAGCAGUUUCGAACGUCACGUCGAGUCUCACUGGAGAGUGUGUCCCGUCUGCAGCGAGCAGUUUCCUCUAGACUGCCAACAGCAUCUCUACGAAAAGCAUGUGCACACACACUUUGAUGGCAAUGUUCUCAACUUUGACAACUUUGAUUAGAGACGAAAAAAUAUAUAUUUGCUUUUAGUUCAGUAUAAAACGCCUCAGGUGAUUCAGGGGCUUCGGUGUUUUGUUCGAAACACGCUGAUAUUGUCACUUUGUUGUAACCGCUGCACAACACAUGUCAGGAGGACUCGCCAUCAGAAUAUUUGAUUUGCACAUAGACAAGCAUUAAUUCAGAUAUUUAAACUUCUAAGGGACAGAAUACUAUGAAAAUGGUCUUCAGGUGAAAUAGAUAAGAAAAAAAAUGAAAAGCACUUUUUUUUGUUUAAAAUUUUGUGUACUACUGUAAAACUGAGUGUGCUUUAAAAUAAGAGCAGAAAGCUUUAGGAUAUUGUUUAUGAAAAUGAAGAAUAUUUUAAAGGACCAAUGAUGUAUACGUUUAUUCGGCCAAAAAAAAAAAAAAAAGAUGGCCAUAAUUUAUAAAACUAAUCACUAAAAAAGACUAAAACUGUUACCUCAGAGGCAUUGAAGCCUUUCUGCGUGAAACACUGUUCACUAAUACACUAAUUUAAAGGGGCAGUUCACCUACAAAUGAAAAUUGUCAUUUAAUCAACCUUAUGUUGUUCUAAAACCUUAUGAAAUUCUUCUGCGAAAUGUUGUGCUUUUACCACGCACACAUGAACUGCAGCUUUUAAACUUCAAAAAGGACACAAAAAUAAUUUUUAAUUAACUGAAUAUUUUAUGUUAAUUGCUAUCAAAAUGUAUGAGUUAGCUAACUCAGUACUUCCAAGUUCGAAGCAAUUAACAUGCAUGAGUACUACAAACGCAAAAAAAUUGAUGUAACUGAUUACCUCAAAUUUUUUAGUUAGCCCAACUUAUUCGGGUUUACAGUGCUUUCUACAUGGAAAAAUUAUUUAUUUUUCCUUUUAUGACAUAAAGAAGGAGAUUUCGAACCUCGAAACAAUUUCGGAAGUAAGCUGGAUGAGCAGUAUGCUAUGUAUCCCAGUCCUAGCUUAUAUAAAGAAAGGCUGCGGCUUCAGACAGAAUUUUACCUUUUAAAUUAAACCUAUUACUAAUUUUAGGUUGAGCCAAAGAACUGAAUCAUUCAGACCAGUUUUGUGGCUCAAGAAAUUCAUUUCAUUUAUGAAGUUUGAAAGCUCCACUCUCCAUUUAUUCUACUAAUACCUUUUCUCAAUAAUCUAAUGACCUUUAAAAUGUCUUAUUUUACAUGAUAAUGACAAAACAUUUGUUUUUAGGUGAACUAUCCCUUGAAGCUCAGCUAAAACGACAAAAAUACUCAAUCCAAAGAGCCACUGUGCUAUGGCUGUGAAUUUGGCCGCAUCUCUUCAGUGCAUCAUUGGUUCAAACAUCUUGCAUUAAACAACUUACACAUUUAGAUGCAGUUAUCAGUUUCAACAUUCUAUCCAUAACACAUUAUCUGCUUGAAGUCCAUUUAUACAACACUGCUGAUGCUUCACACUUUAAGUGUGCCAGGACGAUUAACUUAAGGUUGCUCUGUGUCUGUGUGUAUCAAGUGUAUGUUUAUUAAUAAAGAAUGCUACAAGCACCAGUUCAUUAAACUGAACGUUUGUCCUCACAUCGAUAAGUCAUUACAUAUCAAUCGUAAUGACAACACUGUAUGGACAAUAAAACAUAGAAACAGGCAA